GUAGGGUAUUUCGUAAUAUAUUGCUAAUUCCAGGACUUGGACAUUAUGAAAUAAAUUAUGUUAAAGCUCUGUUUAAACUACUUUGGCCGAUUGUCUUAAAACAGCUGGCAAAACUGAUGGGAUAUAAAUCUCCCAACGCAUUGGUCUUUUGUGAAGCGGCAACGAAUCACCACAAGUCUUGGACCCUUCUUCAAAUCUGUCUUCAUGGUUGCAGCAAGGAGUUGGUAUUGGAAUACGUCCGCCACUGCAAAGGAAAUGAAAAACAUCCAUCGGUUUCUGAAUAUUUUACUUUCAUUUCUAACGGACAGAGUAAGAGAUUUCAGUAUGUAUACAGGGUCAUUUUUGAUUACCUGUUUGCGCUGGAUCUGUUCAGGAAAGGCGUUAGGAGAAACAAUGCUGACAUUAUUGCUUGUUCCAUGCAUCAGUUAUCCAUAUUAUUCUAUGGAUUGAACAUGACUUCAUACAUGGAAAUCGACGUCCGUAGACAAAUAGUGGCAAAUCAAUGUCCAGAUGAAGUAAAGACCCUGAUACAUGACAUGUCAAGCAUGUCCCAUUCUGGUCACCCAAGUAAAGGUGAAGGUGGGGACUUCAUACUAGAAGCCUACAACAGGAAAACAAAGAUGUGGAUGCCACCAGGUGCUGGAAAUGAACGAAGAUGGCUAAGAGUGUACAGAAACUUACCGCACAUAGAAAAAGUAUGUUAUGUAUAUGUUCAAAAUAUACAGUCUGUUUACAGUUACUAAUUGAAUUUUCAUUUCAUUUUUCAGUUUCACAGAAGAGCAUGAGCACAAGAUCUUCUCUUUCUUCACCUACACAAGACUGUUUAUACAAUAUUAACUUAUGGUACAUGGUAUUUAACCUAUGGUUGAAACUGUUGUAUUGUGGAGACGAAAAGGAAGAUGAGGGUUUCAGAAAACGAGACAACACGAAUGCUGAGGCACAUUGGCGGAAAAAGAUAAGGGAUACUGGCUUUUUCAGAGGGGAGUUUACCUCAAUGGAUGGUGAAGAUCUCGAUUAUGACCUGAUAAAUUUCAACAGCAAAUGUUUGGAAAAUAAGAGACGGUACUGUGAGUCUUUCCCUGACAACUACAAAUGUGAAAGGAUUUUUUUCACUCCAGAAGACAGACGAAAAUACAAUGAUAUUUCCAGCAAGACAAAGGCAGAAAUCUCAGUUAUGAUUGUAUCAACAAUACAGCUAAUUGCAGAGGAAGGUGGUGAGACCGAAGCCCAAAUCUUACGUAACACCUGGUUGAAAGAAAUUAAAUCUGGAAAAAAAGCCAUGUAUUUAGAAUUCUACAGAGACUGUGUCAUUUCGCUAGAAGAAAUUCAAGAAAAACAGACAACUUCUGAUGCUGAGUUUGACGACGCUGGCUUAGAAUAGAAUGCUACUGCGCGGGAACCAGCUGUACAAAAUGGCGGACAUUGGCAAGUAUGACAUUUUUCGCCAUGAAAAAUCAAGAAUUUUCCUUUUCUGACAACAGUACAGAUAUUUUACAAAGUGGUAAAAGGUACAUGUUGAUAUGUAUUACAAUUAUAUAUGUAAAUGCAACAUCAAAAAGUUUAUUUUUUUCUUGUGAAGUGCAAUAUUACCUCUAUCGAUGCCAUUGUUGAUACAGUCUCUAUGCGGAAAUGAAAUGUGAAUAGAAAAAUGCACGACGUUAAGUGAUGCGUUCAAUCGAUAUCCCGAUUUGUGUAUGACUAGAUACCUUGAUUAGUGUAUGAUACACAGAUCUGUAUAUGAUACACCAAUCAGGCGAUAUAAUA